AUGCCGUCCUCUUCCCUCUACCGUCGCCUCCAUGGGCUCUUCAACCACUCUCGUUCCUCUGCGUCUAGAUCCAAUAAACCUAACUCCUCGCCACCUUCCUCAAUUACUAACAAACCCAAUCAAUCCACCGCCGCCACAAAUCCUCUCACACCCGAGCAACGUCUUCAAAACCUUGUGAACAAGUUCAUAAAAAGCUCCCAGUCCGGCCGCUUCCGCGCCAGGCACAGUAUGUAUGAUUCUACAGUUCGCCGUCUUGCUGCCGAUAAAAGAUUCUCCAUGAUUGAGGAUAUUAUAGAAGCUCAAAAGAAGUAUGAGGACAUUACAGAUGAAGGGUUUGCAAUCCGCCUCAUUAUGCUCUACGGGAAAGCGGGUAUGUUCACUCAUGCACGUAAGUUGUUCGAUGAAUUGCCUGAAUUGAAUUGCGAGCGGACUGUGAAGUCUUUUAAUGCCCUUUUGGCGUCUUGUGUUAAUUCCAAGGAGUAUGAUCAAGUUGAAACGAUUUUUCGGGAAGUACCGCAGGAAGUUUCCAUAGAAGCUAAUGUGAUCUCGUACAACAUUGUUAUCAAUGCGUACUGCGAGAUGGAUGCUUUUGAUAAAGCCAUCUUGUUUUUUAAUGACAUGGAGAAGAAUGGAAUGGAGGCAGAUUUAGUUACAUUCAAUACGCUUCUAACUGCAUAUUAUAGAAAGGGUCGGUUCUUAGAUGGAGAAAGGCUGUGGAGUGUGAUGAUGAACAAGAAUAUUGCUCCUAAUCUUAUAAGUUACAAUGCCAGGUUGCGAGGAAUGGUUCUAGAGAAUAAAAUGCAAGAAGGGAUUGGAUUGGUAGCAGAAAUGGAGGAGAAAGAUAUCAAGCCAGAUGCUUACAGUUUCAAUGCACUGAUUAAAGGUUUUUGUGAAGAUGGGGAUGUGGAGGAGGCGAAGAAAUGGUAUUAUAAACUGAAGGAGAAUGAAGUUACUCCAAAUGGAAUCACUUACCGGACACUUCUCCCCUUCCUUUGCGAGCAGGGUGAUUUUGAUUUGGCACUUGAACUGUGCAAAGAGGCCAUUGAUAAUCAUCGUUUAGUUAUUAAUGUAGCAGAGGUGCAGCGUGUGGUUGAUGGAUUGGUUGAAGUUUCCAAGAUUGAAGAAGCAAAGGACCUUGUGAAGCUUUGCAAUUCCAAAAAUUAUUUAAAUUUCAAAUUGGAUUUACCUCAGACGAGCACUUGA